ACAAUAAUCUAGAAAUCUACACGUACUAAAUGGACGUAAAACAGAGAGGGAAGCUGUCAUGAAACUGUAAUAUGUUACCAUUUUCCUGUCGAACUAAGAAGAGUAUUAUGUAGUCAUAGCGAUGAUUUGAUAAAUGUGGAUGCCCAGACAUACCUUCAUGUAUCUGUAGCUGUUUGUAUGAAUAAAGAGCCUGGAGCAGGAAGCUAAGAAGAUUCACCAAUUUGAGCUGAUUAUUAAUCAAGCAGUAAAGCAUCAUGCAUCAACAAAGGCCUGAGAAUCCAGAAGAAGGUCCUUUAGUAGAAAGGAACUGGGAGGCUGGCUACUCUUCCUCAUCCUAUGAUAAAUAUGUACAGGAACAGUCAGGAGGCAAGAAAUCUGUGGCUAACAGAAUGCAGCAGCAGUAUUGGGUGACCAAACAGAGUAUGAUCAAGAAACUCGGAAGGAAAGAAGAUGAACAUGUGAUAGCUGGUGACUCGGAGCUUGAUGCCAAAUUAGAAGUUUUCAAGUCAAUUCAGAACACAUGUAUGGAAAUGCUGAGAAUAAUAGAGAAUUAUCAAGACAAUUUGUGUGCAUUAUCUCAGGAGGAAGGUAGUAUGGGUCGUUUCUUGAAGCAGUGUAGUAGUGUUGAUAAGACGAGAGCUGGUAAGAUGAUGGCUGCGGUGGGUAAAGCACAGACUAGUUCAUCAGAACAAAGAUUGGCCUUGCGUCCUCCCCUUGCAAGGUUGUACCAAGAGAUUGAGACGUUCCGUUACCGUGCUAUCUCAGACACACUCAUGACAAUCAAUCGAAUGGAAGGAUCUCGGUUAGAAUACAGAGCAGCUCUGCUGUGGAUGAAAGAUAUCUCUAAAGAACUUGAUCCAGAUACAUAUAAACAGCUUGAGAAGUUCAGAAAGGUUCAGGCUCAAGUACGUUCCACCAAGGCUCGCUUUGAGAAGCUCAAGAACGAUGUCUGUCAGAAGGUAGAUCUCCUUGGAGCUAGCCGCUGCAAUCUCUUCUCCCACACCCUCGCCUCCUAUCAGAACACACUCCUUCACUUCUGGGAGAAGACGUCAAGAACCAUGGCUGCGGUCCAAGAAGGCUUCCGGGGGUAUCAACAUUAUGAAUUCAACAUGCUCAAGGAGCUCUCGGAAACCAGUAAACAGCUUGCGGAGAUGACCGGAGCUAAAGAUGUAGUACCUGAUUGGGAUGGGCUAGAACAGAACGCUCAAGGCCGGUUGCAAACAAACGACUUGACACAGACCAGUAAACAGCUGGCUGAAGAGACUAAUCCUAAGAGAGCAAAUAGGACAGAGUUUGAUGAAGCACAAGAAGUGAUAGAGGAUAAAGAGACUCUUGAACAGGUUGCUAGGCAAAGAUUAAUAUCCCUUGGUGAAGAUCCUGAAAGGCACAUAGACCAGGGAGGAUCUCUAGACGCUAAGAACAAUGGUGUCCAUGACCCUUCAAGACAAGGAGCUAAUAAUCUACUUGGAGAGGAGAUGGAUCCUGCAGAGAGGACGGCUUUCAUGAAUCUCAUGGGAGGUCAGGAGGGAACAGACAAAGAUGACUUUGGUGCCUACAUUUCAGCUGACCUGCUAUCAGGUGACUUACUCAGUCAAGAUGAUAUGAAGGAUGAGAUGGAUUUACUAAAUGAGAUCCUAAACACGCCCUCUGGUGUUUCGUCAGAGCUCCCUACCCCUAUAGAGGGCGCUGUACCAGGGGAGAUGGAAGGGGAACAACCCUCGACUGAUCAGGGUAUGGGAGGCUUCAUGCCAUCUGAUCUACUGGAGAUUACAUCUAUGAUGAGUGAAAUGCCCACAGGUUCCCCCGCCACUACACCCCAAGGUAGUAGGGAAGGGGGCAUGCCAGCCCCACCCCAAUACUCAGACCUCUUUGCUGAUAGAAUGUCAGCAGCCCAGCAAACCCCAGCAGGAGCUAACAAGACUGAUUCCAGUAAACCUCAAGCCUUCAAGAAGGGACAGAAGACAGACAUGUCUGCUUGGUUUAAUCUCUUUGCUGAUCUUGAUCCUCUCGCUAAUCCCGAUGAUAUUGGACAUGAGGAGGGAAAGGAGGUUGAAGAUAGGAAUUGUUAGCGUGGCAUCGAUGGAUUCAAUGACUUCAUAGCGAUCAAUGCAAAAAUAUAAAACCUAAUGUGGAGUUCUGCAGCCCUGCAACAUACAGUUUUGAUAUUACAUUUCUGUGAGAUAUAAUUAGUAAAGGAUU